AGAUUGUGUAAUAACGUGUAGUAAUAAAAUAAUUUAUAAAGAUAGACGGUAAAAUAUAUUGAUAACGUGAGUCUCUUCUGCAUAUAUUACGCGAUUUAUCUCUUUACAAUUGUAAAGUGCUUUCUAGAUCUUUCUCCAGAAAGUUAUUUCCUCCCAACAAAGAUACCUCUACUCCACGAUUUUAAUAGUAAUUUUUUUCUAAAGAGAUAUUUGUGUACAGCAGCUUCUUCUGACUUUACGUUAUUUAUCUGUCCAUGAUAAAACUCACAAAUUAUCUUAAGUUUCAAUGAUUUUCAGUGACUUUUCAAUAACUUGUCAGUGAUCACUUGGCAAUCGUGAGAAGUAUUUAAUAAAGGUCAUUAUAUAAUUUAUGUGUAAAAAUGUGUGAACCAAACUCAACUACUAAUAAAAAUAAGGUCCAAGCAAAAUUUAAAAACAUCAAUGAUAAUAUCUUAUUAGGACCAGAAUAUCCAAUACAUAAAGAAUCUGUCAACAUUGCUGAAACGAUUUUAAAAAUCUUAAAAAGCAAGCCUGAUUUUAUCGGCCAGAUAGAUGCUCUUACGGAUAAAAAAAACACAUAUGCCGAAAUGAGUGAACGUAGUAUUAAAUGUGCACUUUGGCUGAAAAAACAAGGCGUGAAAGCAGGUGACAUAAUUGGUCUAUGUACUGAUAAUAAUUUAGGUGCGAUUAUGGUAUUGUUGGGCGUUAUAUAUCUAAACGGAAAAUGCAAUACGUGGGAUCAUGAACUGUCCUUAACAACGGCACGAUACUUUCUCUCUCUAACAUCACCAACCAUCAUUUUUACGAUCCCAUUAUCAGCCGCGAAUCUAACAGAAGCAGCAAAGGAACUAAAAAUGGAUGUAAAAAUAGUGGUUCUUGGCAAUCUAGAUGGAUAUGAAUCAUUAGAUGAUAUUUUAAAAGGACAUGAUAGUCGCGAGAUUGCCGAAUUUAACUGUACUCCAAUCAGCAAUCCGGAUGAAGUUUGUCUUAUUAUUCAUUCUUCAGGUACUACGGGUAUGCCAAAGGCUACUGAGAUAUCGCAUUUUUCGAUGCACAAUCGUCUGUUUGUUGCAAGAUUUACUAAAAUGAACGGACACAUUUGCUUAUUUACACCAACACUACGUUGGCACUAUGGCGUUUUGCUCGCUUUUAGAGCUAUUCUGGCAUAUUCUACCAGAAUUGUUGUGCCUGACUAUGACACAGACGACGUUGAUGAUGCAUGUAGUAAAUAUUGCAGUUUUAUCGAGAAAUAUCGGGUAACGUUUUUCGCUGUCGAUCCAUUCAUUCUAAUCCAGUUAAUAAAAACAGAUGUGUUAGAAAAAUAUCGAUUACCGACAUUAAAAGUUAUUAUUAGCACCGGUGCUUUCUUCUCGAAGCAACAGCAAGAAACAUUGACAAAAAAAAUUCCACAUGUUUUAAUUUUUAACUGUUAUGGAUCCACCGAUUCAGGAGGUGCAAUUGUUAACCAAAAUAAAUAUAGUAAACCGGGAUCUGUUGGUUUUCCUACGUAUAAUGUCCAAAUAAAAAUAACAGAUACAAAAACUGAAAGUGUCUUGGGGGUUAACAAAAUUGGAGAAAUACGUGUUAAAGCACCUUUCGUAAUGAUUGGUUACUAUAAGAAUCCUGAAGCAACUAAAAAAACUUUCGAUUCAGACGGUUGGUUAUGCACCGGCGAUUUGGGAUACUAUGACAAUGAUGGAGAACUCUUCGUUGUUGGUCGAAUAUCAGAUUUCAUUCUUUUUAGAUCAAUUAAUGUUUUGCCCACGGAAAUUGAAACUGUUUUAGAGAAUCAUCCCGCGGUAUUCGAAGUGGCGGUAAUAGGAAUGCCUCAUGAAGUCGAUGGAGAACGUCCUAUGGCUGUUGUUUCUGUGGUGCCAGGUAAAACGGUAACAGAACAAGAACUUAUCGAGUUAGUGGAAAAAAGUUUGCCCGAUUAUUGCAGACUCCGGGCUGGUGUCAAGUUUGUGGAUGAACUUCCGCAUACACUUACCGGCAAAAUCGUAAAGAGACAGUUACAAAGUAUGUUUACGAAUUAUUAGAAAUUGUCCUGAAUUAUAUUAUUAAAAUACUAUAAAUGUAAGUACGUAAAUCAUACGUACGUAAAUGAUAAACGCAAAAAAUGAUGACAAAAAAAUAAAAAAGGCAACGUUCCAUUUAAA